AUGAAGGGUAUCUUUAACAGAAGGCCACCGUCGGCCAAAUAUAAUUCCACUUGGGACGUCGAUGUGGUUUUGUCUUAUCUUAGGACACAGGAGAACGCCUCGCUUUCGUUAGUGGCUUUGGCAGCGAAGCUAGCCACUCUCCUAGCUCUAGCGACCCUUUUCCGGGCUUCAGAUUUGGCUGCGAUCGAUAAAAGGUCUAUCAAGUUCUCGACUAAUCGGGUUUCGUUCUCUUUGACCCGCCCCCGCAAGGCCCAGAAAUCGGGAGCGCUUCAUUCAUUUUCUCUGGAAAGGCUAGGUGAUGAGCCGCUGGAUCCGGUGGAGUGCUUAAAGUGCUACAUUUCGAGGACAGAGGGCUUCAGGAAGGACUCGAACAGCGAGCUUCUUUUCAUUAGCUCGGUUGGGCAACACAACCCAGUUAAAAGCCAGACAAUUUCGAAUUGGAUUAAGAAUGUACUUAAAGACUCGGGCAUUGACAUGGGUGUUUUCUCGGGCCACUCAACCAGGGGAGCAGCAGCCUCUAAAGCAGUAGCGGUGGGAGCCUCAUUAGAUUCAGUCCUAAGUGCCGGACACUGGGCGUCGUCUUCUACGUUUAAAAAAUUCUAUCACCGCGAGAAGGAGCCAGGGCCGUCAGUUGCCGCGUCAGUCUUGAUCCCGGACAGCGAUUGGUAUCGUAUUAUUCAGAUUUAAUGGUUGUAGUCCCGUUUCGGCCGGGUCCAUUGGAGUAACCGGUUUUGUGUAACUAUAAUUAUUAGUUUUUUUACUUGAGUUUCAUAUAGGCUUUAAAGUCACAGUUAAGAUCGAUGUUAUCGAUCGAUAUACAAUUUUAGAUUGUCCAAGCUUGCGCCAAGACAAUAUUAAUUGUAUGAGAGAGUAUAACACGAUCUUAACUGUAAAUUUCCCACCACCCACCCCUAUUUACAGUUAAGUUGGUCGGGCGUAGCGCAUUAUUUGUGCGAGUGACCGAGUCCCGUUUUUGUUUCAGAUCCUUUGGCAACGGGCGUUAUGGUCUAAGAGG